CUGCACCAAAGAAUUUGGCGAAAAUCGACGUGGGAUCUUGAACUUCGAGGAAGCAACCCGACAACGACAAUCGACAACCACCGCCAAAAUGAGGACUUACGACGAUAGUUUCUCCGGCCAGCGGAUCUACCCCGGCAAGGGUAAGCUGUACGUCCGUGGCGACAGCAAGGUCUUCCGCUUCCAGAACGGCAAGUCCGAGUCGCUGUUCCUCCAGCGCAAGAACCCCCGCCGCAUUGCCUGGACCGUCCUCUACCGGAGGCAACACCGCAAGGGUAUCUCUGAGGAAGUCGCCAAGAAGCGCACUCGCCGCACCGUCAAGUCGCAGCGUGCCAUCGUUGGUGCUUCGCUCGAUGUGAUCAAGGAGCGCCGCUCGAUGCGCCCGGAGACCCGGAGCGCGGCCCGCCUGGCGGCCAUCAAGGAGAGCAAGGAGAAGAAGCAGGCCGAGCAGGCGGCCAAGAAGGCCGAGAAGGCGAAGAACGCCGCCGCUGCCUCCAAGGGCCAGUCCGGCGGCCGCAUCGUCGGCAAGCAGGGUGCGAAGGGUGCGCAGCAGAAGGUCGCCGCCAACACCCGCUAAGGUCUCUCUGUCUUUGGCGGUUUGCUGGUCCGGGAUGGGUGCGUGUUCUUUUCCGAGGCAAAGGGAAAGCCAGGUCAUGCAAGGAGCACACAAUAGAUGAAUGGUUAUCUUACGGUCUUGCUUGUGGCCGGAAGGGAAAACGCUGGAGUCGGUCGGUCGGUACUCGGUUUUUUGCCUGCUCAGCUCUCUUAUAGGGUUUCUGCUCUCGCAACAAGUUGACAGAGCCAGCUUGUUUUCUGAAAGGGCCGGUUGCAUGGAUCCAGCGUGACGGGGGAGGGCCAUUUGCAUGGGUAGCUCACAGAAUGCCGACUUAUGCAUUGGUCUCACUUGAAGCAGCACGGCGCGCGGGAGCGGAGUGAGCAGGGAUGAGCUUCUUUCCUCUAUGAAUGUAUGAUGGAGCGCGCGGCUCAUCUACCUACCCCCGACUCCGAAACUACCAAGCCAAUCUAUGACCUCUUCCCGAAAU